AAACCCGGUAGUGGGGAGUAUGGCGGCUGUGACCGAUCUGCAGCGGCUACAGGCGGGUGUGGAGGAGCUGGAGCGCUGGGUGUAUGGACCAAGCGGGGCGCGGGGCUCGCGAAAGGUGGCUGAUGGCCUGGUCAAGGUACAGGUGGCUUUGGGGAAUAUUUCCAGCAAGAGAGAGAGGGUGAAGAUUCUGUACAAAAAGAUUGAAGACCUGAUCAAAUACCUGGAUCCUGAGUACAUGGACCGAAUUGCCAUACCCGAUGCUUCUAAGCUGCAGUUCAUCUUAGCAGAGGAGCGGUGGCUCCUCUCCCAGGUGGCGCUACUGCAGCAGGUGGAGGCCUUGGUGCCCAUGCUGGACAGCCCUCCCAUCAAAGCGCGUUGUGUUUUACAGCCGUUCCUGAGCAUGCCGCCCGCCUGCAGCACUUGGCCCAGAUCCAUAUCCAGCAGCAGGACCAGUGUGUGGACGUCACCGAGGAGUCCAAGGCCCUCCUGGAGGAAUACAACAAGACCACAAUGCUACUCUCCAAGCAGUUUGUGCAGUGGGAUGAGCUGCUUUGCCAACUCGAGGCUGCCAAGCAAGUGAAGCCAGCGGAGGAGUGACCACCGCUUGCUGCCGUCCUGGGGCAGCCAGGACAGCUGGACUCCAGCCUGGGGCCAAUCUGCCCUUGUAAUAGGGCAGAGGGCGCUUGCUUUUCCUAUUUAUUGGAUUCAUAGCCCACCUGAGCCAUUCAGGGGUGGAGCACUGAAGUCACAGGUCUGGGACUACUGAGAUUUGAGAUCUGUAACACUGACUACCUAGCCAGUGCCCUAAUUCCAGGGAAAAUAAAUUAUAAGCGAUCCUGGA